AACAGGAGCAAACGGGUUCAUAUUCAAUCUUUGCAUUUUUGUUCAUUUGCCUCCAACAUGCAGCGCGCUUUCACCUCUCGUGCCAGGGCCUCUGCCCUUUCGGCCUCCAAGCUGCGUUCGGUUUCCCUGCAACAGCAGCGUUUCGCACACAAGCUCAAGUUCGGCGUCGAGGGCAGACAGGCUCUGCUCAACGGUAUCGACACCCUCGCCAGAGCCGUCGCCACUACCCUGGGUCCCAAGGGUCGCAACGUCCUCAUCGAGUCCAGCUACGGCUCGCCCAAGAUUACCAAGGGUAUGCGCAACUCCACCCUGAAGAAGCUUCGUGCGACCCAUUCAUGGCUAACACCAUUCCANGACGGUGUCACUGUCGCCAAGGCUAUUGUCCUCAAGGACAAGUUCGAAAACCUCGGUGCCCGCCUCCUCCAGGAUGUUGCCAGCAAGACCAACGAGGUUGCUGGUGACGGUACCACCACCGCCACUGUCCUCGCUCGCGCCAUCUUCUCCGAGACCGUCAAGAACGUCGCCGCUGGAUGCAACCCCAUGGACCUGAGACGCGGUAUUCAGGCCGCUACCGAGGCCGUCAUCCAAUACCUCCAGGCCCACAAGCGCGAUGUCACCACCAGCACUGAGAUCGCCCAGGUCGCCACCAUUUCCGCCAACGGCGACACCCACAUUGGUGCUCUCCUCUCCAGCGCCAUGGAGAAGGUCGGCAAGGAGGGUGUCAUCACCGUCAAGGAGGGCAAGACCAUUGAGGACGAGCUUGAGAUCACCGAGGGUAUGAAGUUCGACCGCGGUUUCAUCUCGCCUUACUUCAUCACCGACACCAAGUCGCAGAAGGUGGAGUUCGAGAAGCCCCUCAUUCUCCUCUCCGAGAAGAAGAUCUCCGCCGUCCAGGACAUUGUCCCCGCUCUCGAGGCUUCCCAGCAGCUCCGUCGUCCUCUCGUCAUCAUCGCCGAGGACAUUGACGGCGAGGCUCUUGCCGUCUGCAUUCUCAACAAGCUCCGUGGCCAGCUCCAGGUCGCCGCUGUCAAGGCUCCCGGCUUCGGUGACAACCGCAAGUCCAUCCUCGGCGAUCUUGCCGUUCUGACCAACGGUACCGUCUUCACCGACGAGCUCGACAUCAAGCUCGACAAGGCCACNCCCGAGAUGCUCGGUUCCACCGGUUCUAUCACCAUCACCAAGGAAGACACCGUCUUCCUUAACGGCGAGGGCAGCAAGGACCAGGUUGCUCAGCGUUGUGAGCAGAUCCGCGGCGUCAUUGCCGACCCCACCACUUCCGACUACGAGAAGGAGAAGCUCCAGGAGCGUCUCGCCAAGCUUUCUGGUGGUGUUGCCGUCAUCAAGGUCGGUGGCUCUUCCGAGGUUGAGGUCGGUGAGAAGAAGGACCGUCUCGUUGACGCUCUCAACGCCACUCGCGCUGCCGUCGAGGAGGGUAUCCUUCCCGGUGGUGGUACUGCCAUGAUUAAGGCUGCCGCCAACGCUCUGAACGACCUCAAGCCCGCCAACUUCGACCAGCAGCUCGGUAUCAGCAUUGUCAAGAACGCCAUCACCCGUCCCGCUCGCGCCAUUGUCGAGAACGCUGGUGCCGAGGGCAGCGUGAUCGUUGGCAAGAUCAUGGAUGAGUUCGGUCAGGACUUCAACAAGGGUUUCGACAGCGCCAAGGGCGAGUACGUCGACAUGAUCGCUGCCGGUAUCCUCGACCCCUUCAAGGUCGUCCGCACCGGUCUCAGAGACGCUUCCGGUGUUGCCUCGCUCCUCGGUACCACUGAGGUUGCCAUUGUCGAGGCAGCCGAAGAGAAGGGUGCUGGCGGCAUGCCUCCUAUGGGUGGCAUGGGCGGCGGCAUGGGCGGUAUGGGCGGCGGCAUGUUCUAA